ACAAUCAACAGAAGAAUCAAACAAAAAAUAAAGAGUGGGAGAUCCGGGUAUAUUACUAUCUGAUUUCUGGAUAAUCGGCACAGUUCGACUUCGACAUGGCAACAAGUAAACUAAGUUUCGGGCUCCUGGCCCUCCUGGUUUUAACUACCAAUGCUCAAGUUUUCCGUAACAGAAGAUUUGCGAGUUCAUCAAGCAGCUCAUCAUCCAGCUCGAGUAGUGGUUUAAGAGAUGGUCAAACUUACACCAAAACCGACACCAAGACGACGGGUCUCGGCAAAGCAGACGCUAAUGCUGCGGCGAUGAACCAUGAUGGAAUAUAUUUUAACGACGGUGAUCAAGGUUCAUAUCACGGCGGAUUUCAUGGCGGUGCAGGAGGUUUAGAUUACGGUUUUGGAGGAGGCGGCGUUGGUGGCGCAGGACAUCAAUACAAUAAUGGAGGUGGUAAUUAUAGAGGUGAAGGACAUGGCGGACUUGGAGGUAAUAAUGGUGGUGAUUCUGGAAGUAGUGGUGUUGGUGGUAUUGGUGGUAUUGGUGGUGGUGGUGGUGGUGUUGGUAUUGGGGGUGCUAAUGCUAAUGCCAAUGCCAAUGCCAAUGUUAAUGCAAACGCAAACGCAAAUGCAAAUGCAAAUGCUAAUGCAAAUGCAAAUGCUAAUGCUAAUGCUGCAGCAUCUGGUAUAGCUGGUGGAGCUGGAGGUACUACUGGUGGAUAUCACGGAAAUGCCGGGCUAGGUGGUUUUGGAAGUGGAAAUGGCGGAUACACUGGAAACGGAGGACAUGGAGGACACGGAGGAUACCAUGGAUCCGGCGGAUAUAAAGUUCCAAUUUACUCACAGGGUGGUACCAUACCAACCAAUGGAUACACCGGAACAGGUUCUGGAGCAUCAGCAACAGCAGGCGCUAGUUCUCAAGCUAAUGGUGCCGGAUUUGGAGGCCCAGGAAAAGGAGGAAAUUACCAUCAAGGUGGUUAUCAUAGUGGUGGUGGUGGUGGUGGUGGAGGUUUUGAGCAUGAUAUUGGUUUUGGAGGAUUAGGAACAAAUGUUCUAGGUACUGGUAAUGGUGACCAUGGAUUAAAUGUGGGAUUUGGUGUUGGAGGAGGUUUUACUCCCGAUUCAGGUUUCGGUGUUGUUGGUGGAGGUCAUAAAGGUCACGGUGGAGUAAGUGGUUCUGCUGAAGGUCACAGUUCGGCUGGUGGACAUGGUAAUAGUGGAGGAUUUGGCCUCACUGACGGUCAUACUGGCUCUGCCGGAAGUUAUGGAGGUGGUGGAGGAAGCUAUGGAAUUGGCGGUGGUAAUGGAGCAGAUAGUUCUGCUGGUGGACAUGGUAGCAGCGGAGGAUUUGGUCAUGCAGGCUCUGGUGGAAGUUAUGGAAAUGGUGGAGGAACAUUUGGAAUUGGUAGUGGUCAUGGUGGAGUAAGUGGUUCUGCUGAAGGUCAUAGUUCUGCCGGAGGUCAUGGUAAUUCAGGAGGAUUUGGUAUCUCUGACGGUCAUACAGGCCCUACUUCCGUAGGUCACGGAACUGGUGGAGGAUCAUUUGGAAUUGAUGGUGGUCAUGGUGAUUUUGGAAUAAAUGGAGGUUAUAAAGAACAGGGAGGUUUUGGUACUGGAGGUACUGGAGGUUAUGGUGGAGGUUCAGGAUUUGGAUCUAAUAGUAAUGUUAAUGCUAAUAGUAAUGCUAAUGCUAAUGCCAAUGCCAAUGCUAAUGCUCAAUCACAAGCCGGUGGCGUUGGCGGUGGCGGUGGCGGAUUCCAAUAUCCUUCAGGUGGAUAUAACCACCAAGGUAGUGGUGGUGUAGGGUUUAAACUUCCUCCUCUUGAUCCUUGUUUUGCACCUGGUUCCAUUAAUUGUCCCGUACAUGGACAACAACAGGGAUACGGGCACGGUUAUAAUAAUCAAGGAGCUAGUGGGGGAUACAACAAUCAUGGAAACACUGGAUACCACGGCUACGGAGGCAGUCCUAGUUACGGUGGCGGUUCCGGAAGCUCUAGUGCGGUUGCAAAUUCUAACGCGAACGCUCAAGGCCCUAACACCAAAGCAGACGCCAAUGCUAACGCUUUAUCCAAUGGAUUUGGUGGCCCAGCAAUUGCCAACGCUCACGCUAGUGCUAACACCAAUGGUGGCGGUUUUGGUGACCCGUUCUUCCAUUCGCGUCUGGGAGAUGAAGCCGACAAAGAGCAACCGAGUGACAGUAGUAAAAAGGCACCAGAAGUUAACCAAUCUGGAACUUUUGAAGGCGCCAAGGGAGUUUACAGCAGCAGCUCAUCCGGUGUUGACAACAGCGGUAAAGGCACAUACCACGUUGAAGCGGGCAAAAUUAAUUGAUUCAUUUCGUAUUUUUCACCUCAGUAUAUUUAAAAUUUAUUUUAUACAACUUUAAUAAGUUAACAGACUUGUUUGUUAUUUAAGAGAAAUAUUAAUAAAGAUGUUUUUAGUAAUAA